AUGAAUCCAAGGAACACCAUUGAUUUAGAACAAGGAUGGGAUUUUAUGCAAAAGGGGAUUACGAAACUGAAAAAUAUUCUGGAAGGUCUGCCUGAACCACAGUUCAAUUCAGAGGACUACAUGAUGCUCUACACGACAAUAUACAACAUGUGUACCCAAAAGCCCCCACAUGAUUAUUCUCAGCAAUUGUAUGAUAAGUAUCGGGAGUCUUUUGAAGAAUACAUUACAUCAACAGUUCUACCUUCUUUACGGGAGAAGCAUGGUGAAUAUAUGUUGAGGGAGCUUGUGAAAAGAUGGCAGAAUCAUAAAGUCAUGGUGCGGUGGCUUUCAAGAUUCUUUCACUAUCUUGAUCGGUACUUCAUUGCUAGGAGGUCACUUCCAGCUCUUUAUGAAGUUGGUCUGACUUGCUUCCGAGAGCUGGUAUAUCAAGAGCUAAACAGCAAAGCUAGGGAUGCUGUUAUAUCGUUGAUUGACCAAGAGAGGGAAGGAGAGCUGAUAGAUCGAGCUCUUUUGAAGAAUGUGUUGGAUAUUUUUGUUGAAAUUGGUAUGGGGCAGAUGGUUUAUUAUGAGAAUGACUUUGAAGAAGCAAUGUUGAAUGGUACGGCAGCUUACUAUUCACGGAAGGCUUCUAAGUGGAUCCUAGAUGAUUCAUGUCCUGACUAUAUGUCGAAAGCUGAGGAGUGUUUGAAACGUGAAAAGGACAGGGUUUCUCAUUAUCUUCACUCUAGUAGUGAGACAAAGUUGCUUGAGAAAGUACAGCAUGAAUUGUUGACGGUGCAUGCCACCCAACUGUUAGAGAAGGAGCACUCUGGUUGUCAUGCAUUACUUAAAGAUGACAAGGUGGAGGAUUUGUCGAGGAUGUAUAGGCUCUUUUCUAAAGUGCCCAGAGGUUUAGAGCCAGUUGCCAAUAUAUUUAAGCAGCAUGUUACUGGUGAAGGUACUGCCUUGGUUAAGCAAGCGGAAGAUGCUGCGAGUAACAAGAAGGCUGAAAAGAAAGAUGUCAUCGGGUUACAGGAGCAGGUAUUUGUGAGGAAAGUUAUUGAGCUCCAUGACAAAUACAUGGCAUAUGUAAAUGACUGCUUCGUAAAUCACACUCUAUUUCACAAGGCUCUUAAGGAAGCUUUUGAAAUCUUCUGCAACAAGGGUGUUGCUGGAAAUUCCAGCGCCGAUCUUCUUGCGACGUUUUGCGAUAACAUUCUUAAGAAGGGUGGAAGCGAAAAAUUGAGCGAUGAAGCUAUUGAAGACACUCUGGAGAAGGUAUUUUCUUAUGGACAUUGCAGUCUGCAUUUAUACUUUUUGACUGUAACUUGUUUAAAUAAUAUGAUUGAAACAUUAUUUCAGGUAGUUAAGCUUCUCGCUUACAUCAGUGACAAGGAUUUAUUUGCCGAAUUUUACAGGAAGAAGCUUUCACGCCGCCUGUUGUUUGAUAAAAGUGCUAAUGACGAACAUGAAAGAAGUAUCCUGACAAAAUUGAAGCAGCAAUGUGGUGCCCAGUUUACCUCAAAAAUGGAGGGGAUGGUCACAGAUCUGGCACUAGCUAGGGAAAAUCAAGUAAGCUUUGAAGAAUAUCUCAGCAAUAAUCCACAUGCUAGUCCAGGCUUUGACUUGACAGUGACUGUCCUCACCACGGGAUUCUGGCCAACUUACAAGACUUAUGACCUUAACCUAUCUGCGGAGAUGGUUAAGUGUGUUGAGGUAUUUAGGGAGUUCUACCAGACAAAAACAAAGCACAGAAAGCUUACAUUCAUAUAUUCUUUGGGAACUUGUAUUGUCAAUGGAAAAUUUGACCAGAAAACAAUAGAGCUGAAUGUGUCCACCUAUCAGGCUGCCGUCUUGAUGCUGUUCAACACCUCGGACAAAUUAAGCUAUCAGGAAAUCAUGUCUCAGUUGAACUUACCUGAUGAUGAUGUUAUCCGUCUGCUGCAUUCUCUUUCAUGUGCCAAGCACAAGAUUCUGAACAAGGAGCCCAGCACCCGAACAAUUUCUCCAACUGAUGUUUUUGAAUUCAAUUCCAAGUUCACUGACAAGAUGAGAAGGAUAAGGAUCCCAUUGCCCCCAGUGGAUGAGAAAAAGAAGGUAAUAGAGGAUGUUGACAAGGACAGGCGGUAUGCCAUUGAUGCCUCGAUCGUGCGUAUCAUGAAGAGCAGGAAGGUCUUAGGCUACCAGCAGUUAGUUGCUGAGUGCAUGGAACAAUUGGGCCGUAUGUUCAAGCCCGAUGUUAAAGCUAUUAAGAAGAGGAUUGAGGAUUUGAUAACCCGUGACUAUUUGGAGAGGGACAAGGACAACCCUAACCUGUUCAAAUACUUGGCUUGA